AUGUCCGAGCCACGCGAACCAUUUCCGAGCAUAUUUAUUAAUUGCGGGGUGACAUCUAUUUGCGCAUCUCAAGACGAGGAGGAAGAAACAGGAAGAGAUUAUCCUGCACUUGUGCAAUGGAUAAAAAAGACAAGUCCCAUGAGAAAAGAGAAAAAAGUCGCCAAGAGAUCUCUCUCCUACGCACCAUUCCUUAUUCCGAUCACCAGAGUGGCUUUAAUUUUCAGAUGGUGGACCUCCGAGACUAUAGCCGUGGUGACGGGCGCCAACAGGGGAAUCGGGUUUGAGAUCGUGCGCCAGCUGGCGUUGCAUGGAUUGACGGUCAUCCUCACGUCUCGUGAGACGGCCGUUGGUGAAGAGGCUGCAAAGGUGCUGCAAGAGUGCGGAUUGGAUGUGGUGUUCCACCAGCUUGAUAUCGUGGACCCUCACUCGAUCGAAGCUUUUGUCAAGUGGGUCAAGGAAAAAUAUGGCGGCAUAGAUAUAUUGGUAAAUAACGCGGGAGUAAAUUUCAACGCCGGAUCGGAUAACUCUGUGGAGUAUGCAGAAAAAGUCAUUGGUACAAACUACUUUGGGACAAAAAAUAUGAUCAAAGCCAUGAUUCCUGUAUUCAGACCUUCGGAUUCAGGCGCACGAAUCGUUAAUGUCAGUUCUCGAUUGGGAAGACUAAACGGGCCACGAAAUAGAAUUGAAAACGUGGAGCUGAGGAAAAAACUAGAGGACGACGAGUCGCUAACCGAGGAAUUAAUCGACGAGACAGUGAACAUGUUUGUGGAACAAGUGAAGGAUGGGACGUGGGUGGAAGGCGGGUGGCCACAUGUUUUCACAGACUAUUCGCUGUCGAAAUUGGGUGUGAACACGUACACGAGGCUUAUGGCGCGGAUAUUUGCUGAGCGGACGGAGGGUGAAAAGAUAUACAUAAACUGCUAUUGCCCAGGAUGGGUUAGGACGGCCAUGACGAGGUGGGCAGGGCAUGUGAGCCCAGAGGAAGGGGCGGACACUGGGGCAAUCGGCUUACUGUUACGGGUCGAUUGUCUAGGCCUCCCUCGGGAGCCUGGCUGCCUCCAGCUCGUGGAGCUCGGGUUGGGCCUGGAGGCGUCGGGAAAAAAGCGAGACGAGCGAUGGAGGAAGGAGGCUUGUCUUACAUUAACAUGA